AUGAUCUGGUGGCUGAAAAUGUCUUCUUUACCCGAGAAGCUAUAUGAUGGCAAAGUGCAAGACGGGGUUGAAUUUAAAGUUAUUAGAGAUCCAAAGCAUAAAUGGUUCGUUAGUGAACAAUUUCUGAACGACUCUUGGCUCCCUUCAUACUGUAAUGGGCCCUUUUAUAUUUCAUCUAAAAGCGCUUUCCUCGGAUUACUUAAGGUGUCCUCAAAUGAAGGCCCGACACAUUUUCCCUUAGAAGACGCCAAUAUUGGAAUAUUGGCAAGAAGAGUUGGAACGGGAACAAUUUUAAACGUAAACCCCAAACUGCAAACAAUGUUCGUCCUACUUUCCCUUUAAACAUAGGGGGUGAAAAUCCAGAAACAACCAGUUUGUUCUGCUAUAAUGCACUUGUAAUUCAACCAUUGUUGUAAACACGUAAACACAUAGUGACUUUUCCGGAGGGUCGUAAAAAAACAUAGAAAUAUCUUGUCGCGCUAACGUAAAUCUUCAGGUUAAUCAAACUUGUCCGGAUUUGUCUUUGUUCGUUACCCCGGCCGUCCUUUAUACGUUUACCUCAUUUUUUCCCGGCACAUCUUUAUAUUCUACAAACUGUUACAGUUUUAAUUUUGGAAUGUGGACUUGAGGAGUCUUGAGUUUUUUUGCCAGGUAAAAGAUAAAAAGGAAGAUCCCGAACUUUGCCCAUAACACGUAAACAAGUGAAAAAAGAGGCCGCAAAGCCUAAAGAGACUGUCUUAAGACCAAUGCAUAUUUGACAACGUUUGUCGACUGAGGCCUUUUGGCUGCAAGUUUUUAAGGUGAAUAAAAAUAGGACUUCCUGACUUUAUUUGUAAAAACAACCGAUAUUUUGUGGGCGUUUUUAAUAAAACAAUUAUUCCACUCGCGCUUGUUGGAUAUGAGAUGAUUAUAGCCAACUCGGCGCUCAAAGCGCCUCUAUGGCUACCUAACCAUCUCAUAUCCAACGCGCACUCGUGGAAUAAUUGUUAAUGUGACAAAUCCGAUGUUAACGUAUCUAAUUUAAUGACCAUUUGUCAAUGUCAGUCGACGAGGCGUUAUCGGCUCAACCUUAAGAACUUAUUGCCCCUGAAACAUCUAGUCAUUGUCUAGUCGAGCUAACGUAAACAUCAUGAUGCGCUUCAGGAUAAUCAAACUUGUUCGGAUAUUUUCUUUGUUUGUUACCGCGGUCUUCCUCUAUACGUUUAGCGAAUUCGUUCCCGGCACAUCCUCAUAUUUUACAAAGCUGUUUCAGGAACGUUCAACGAAAGAAAACCAUCUGUCAACAAGAAAUCAAAUCCAACUCAUCCAAGCGAAUGAGCAGUUAAUUAUUUUCAUUACAAGUACGCCGUUUUACACAAGCAAAAGACUAUCUAUACGUCAAACAUGGUUGUCUCUCUUGGUAAGCAACUCUGUUGCGCGAGGACGAUCUAACAUACGAACACUGAUGAAAAACCCUUCAAAUUCAUCUAGUAACUUGGUUAUCCACUACUGGUUUGUUUGCGGGCAUGACACAAAAGUGGACGUUGAAUCCGCCGUGCGGAAUGAAAGCGCCGUUUACGGCGACAUCUUAAGGCUGAACUACACAGAAUCCUAUUCACUACUUGCCUUCAAGACUAUGAGCUCUUUGUGGCUUGCUUCUGUCAUGGAGGUUCAGUUUAUCGUCAAAGUGGACGAUGACGUAUAUUUGCACGUUCCUAAGAUGAUUUGGUGGCAGAAAAUCUCUUCUUUACCCGAGAAGCUAUAUGCUGGCGCUGUGCAAGACGGGGUUGAAUUAAAAGUUAUUAGAAACCCAAAGCAUAAAUGGUUCGUUAGUGAACAAUUUCUGAACGACACUUUGUUCCCUCCAUACUGUAACGGGCCCUUUUAUAUUUUAUCUAAAAGCACUCUUCUCGAAUUACUUAAGGUGUCCUCGAAUGAAGGCCUGACACCUUUUCCUUUAGAAGACGCCUAUAUAGGAAUAUUGGCAAAAAGAGUUGGAAUCGCGCCUUUACAGCUUAACGGAAAACAUGUCCUCAUUGCCGGGCCAUGGGUGGGAAUUGGUUUGGAAGAUAAAAAACUUCACGAUUUCUUCGCAUUGGGACAUAGGUUGUCCAUUGAACGAAUGUUCAAACUUCAUGCAAGAUUCACCAACUAA